GUCCGCCUGUCCGCAGCAGGUCGCCGAGUUCGCCUCGUGAGAAAUGGCGGCCGUGUUCAGUUGUUUGGCGCAGUUAGCGUGAAUUAAGUCCAACAAAAUUAAGCACCGCGUAAGCAUCGAACGUGACGAAGUCUUUUGUAUCGUAUCAUCACGUCACCGAAAGGCCAGAACAUGAAUCCAUCCGGAGGUUUUCCUUUCGGCUCGCCGCAAACAACGCAGGCGUCUCCUUUCGGAUUUAGACCGAGUGCUCAGUCACCCGCUGCAGCAGUUCAGCCAACAUUCGGAAGCCCAGCUGCUGCAACUGGCACAGGUGCCCAACAAUUCGCAUUUGGAGCUCCAACAGCUACAGUGGCACCAGCAGGGAUGAGUCAGACUUACUCCUUUGGCAACACACCAACACAGGCAGCUCCCACACAACAAUUUCCAUUUGGGGCACCUACUCAGGCUGCUGCAGCAACAACUGCCGCUCAACCCUUCUCCUUUGGAGCACCGUCAGCCACUACUGCAGCACCAGUGGGUGUUGCCCACCCUUUCAAUGUUGGAAGCACUGCAGUGAGACCACAGACAGCAGGCUUGGCAUUCGGUGCCACACAGUCAACUGCUCCUGCUACCACGUCUGCUCCAGCGGGAUUUGCCGGGUUCACACCAACUGCCUCAGCGACCCCCACCCCGUCAGCCUUUGGUAGUGCUUUUGGGGCCACAAGCCAAGCAUCCACUCCAUUUGGAGGCUUUGGAACAACAACCCCCGCCAUGUCAGCUCCUGCAACUUCUACCCCAAUGGGAGGCUAUUCAUUCGGAAUGACCCCUGCUACCCCUGUCGCGUCGGCUGGCUUCGGUAGCAUCGGGAUGCCUACAGCCACAACAGCGGCCGCUCCAGCUGGUUUUGGUGGUGCAGGCACAACGGCACCUGCAAGUAGUGCAGCACCAGUGGGGUUCGGUGCAGCUUUUGGAUCUACCGCCGCAACCUCCGCACCCACACCCAGCUUUGGUGGCUUCGGGACCACGCCAACAUCGGCAGCCGCCCAACCCACCUUUGGUGGUUUUGGCACCGGAGCAGCCACCAGCACGGCAACAUCUGCAGGCGUGCUUAGUGGCUUUGGGGCCAUGCCAACCCAGACGUCGACUCCUGCAUCUUUGCCCACCUUUGGGGGAGCCACUCCUGCCACAAGCGCUGCCGCAGCCGUUGCGCCCGUCGCUACCAGUGCUGCCGCCCCUUCGUUUUUUGGUGGUUUUGGUACAAUGCCUCAAACGGCAGCCGUACCAUCUGCGACAACUGCUGCUGCUGCCGCUGCUCCUGCUGCUGCUCCUGCUGCUGCUCCUGCUGCUGCUCCUGUUGCGGCUCCAGGUGCUGCUCCAGCUGCUGCUCCAGCUGCAGCUCCUGCUUCUGCUCCUGCAUUUAACUUUGGUAUACCUGCAGCUGCACCUGCAUCAUCUGCCAGCACUCCCGUUUUCGGCAUGCCGUCGCAGGCCACCACUACUGCCACCUCAGCUUUUGUGGGUCUUGGAGCAGCUGCAGCUCCAGCCGCCACUACACCAACAGCAUCUACUGCAGCUGUUCCAUCCCUUGGUUCAUCUUUCAUGACUACUACAAGUGCAGCAGCACCUGCAGCAGCACCUGCCGCAGCCCCAGCGCCUACAGCGGCGACAAUGUUUGGCGGCAUUGGUGCAGCUACCACACCCGCCACAACCUCUGCCGCACCUUCGCUUCCAUCAAUCUUUGGUGGAGGCACGGCAGCAGCAGCACCUACUGCAACUUCAGCACCAGCGCAAGCGGCACCAAUUUUUGGCAGCGGUACUCCGGCCACCACGCAGGCGGCAGCAACCACAACUGCUCCUACAGUGCCCUCGCUUCCCGGGUUUGGUGCAGCGACGACGACAGCGUCUGCUGCCCCAACAGCCACGUCCGCAACAGCUAGUACUGCGGCUCCAGCAACUACUACAGCAACACCGUUUGGAACGCCUUUUGCCAGUGCGACAUCGGGCACAGCGCCUUUCGGCCAGACAAGCACUACAUCCACUGGGCUGUCAUUAGGAGGACUCAGCUCCCUGUCAGGCUUUAGCCAGGCUACAACUGCUGCAACGAAGACGACAGCCACUGUUGGUCUUGGUGGCGUGGAUCACCCAAGCUCAAGUGUGCCAGGUUCUGUGGCAGCUGGCAAGAGUGACAAGACGGUAAAGGAGGAAAGCUUACCCCCACCUAUUGUGGAGACCGUUGAGGCCUUCAAGAAAUAUGUGACUGAGCAAAAGGAGGUGCGUGAAGAGAUCUCCAGGAUACCCUCUCAAGCCAUAGCCAAGGUGCAGGAGGAAACUGCAGCCCUGCGACAGCUGCUCUCCACUGUGGAGAAUGGAAUCCAGCGGAAUGCCGUAGCCGUAGAGCGCCUCAAACGCGAGACAUCAGAGGACUUGAAGAAUGCAGAGAUUGCUCACCACACUAAGGAAACACCAAUGUCUUUGCAAUAUGAGAAUACUGCACCCAACUUGUACUUUCAGAAGCUUGUAGAAAACUUCAACCAGCAGAUGAAGUUGUACAAGGGUCAAAUUGAGGAGCUGGAGCAGCAUUUUGCAUCCCUUUCAAGUGCUUCGAAAUUUUCACCAGAAGAGUUGACAGCCACAGUGAAGAAGCUGCAUGCAGCUUUCGUGUCCUUGGCUGCACGGUUAGAAAAUAUACACGCAAACGUACAGCGGCGGAAAGACGAACUGAGCUCUGGGAAAAUCACUGGGGUUCUCGGCAAGCCACAGAGUGGCACCGUUGGUUCUGUCACAACAGCUGUUACCUUGGGCCCCACUCCAUUUUCCAGUACUAAGAGUGAUGCUGCACUUGCUAUGGCGACAGCUUUGGCAAGGGUGGGGCAGCCAACUCUCACAGACAACGUAACCCUGGGCUCCUUCGCCGCUCAGCCAUCGUUUGGCACAACAGGAGUUCCAGGUUUUGGAAGCUCAACAUUUGGCACCUCUGGCGGCCUCGGAACAUCAUCAUUUUUUGGAGCGGCGAGCCCAUUUAAACCAUUAGGUAAAUAGCGGCACUGAUAGCUUCAGUUCUUCAGCGAACCAGACGUUCCAGCUUCAGAAGCCCCCACCUGGAAAUAAACGGGGCAAGAAAUAGUAUGCGCUACAGUAAUGCUCUAAUAUUUGACAAGCCAUUGUUGAUGUGCCUUUACACUUGGAGGAGAUUUACUCAAUAAAUAUGGCACAAAUUCGUCUAUUGUUAA